AUGGAUUCUUCGACAUCCUGGUUCAGCCAGGGACGUAUCGGUGAGGCUCUCCAGGUGGGCAACACCAUCUUCACCAGCAAGUUCAGGUGGAGAAUCCUUGACAAACGUAAAGAGCGCGACUGUCAAGUCUCCCAAGAAGAUUCUAUCGAAGAUUUUGCAUCUUACGCUUCAAUCAAGCUGUUAUGCGCCGAGGCCAGCAACCCUUCUAGGUGGGUCUUCAUGCGGAUCUACAUGCAAGUUCCGCUCAAAAAUACAGAAAAUGAAGACGCCCAAACUCGUGCCCUGCAAGCCAUACAGACUAAGCCCAAGGAGCUCAUCGCAUACCAGACUCUCGCUAACGCUCCAUACGUUUUGAAAUACGUACCUGAACUCCUUGAUUUCGAGGAACACCGACAGGGUUCCUCAAACUCAUUUCCUGCCAAUCUCGUCCCCGGCGGAUUUUUAACAAUCAUCGUAUGGGAGCAUGUUCCUGGCGUUCUUCUUGGUGAUGGGUCUGGAAAGGCCACCAAAUUCUGGGAUCUGAAGGAUCCAAGAGAACGAGUCACGAUUCGUGAAAAGUUCAAAGAACUCAUUCCCAAAAUCACCAAAGCCGGUAUCUGGCCUAAGACUGCUGGACCAUCCAACCUAAUCUGGUGCUCAGAGACUAAGUCUCUCCACCUUGUUGGGUUUCGCGAGUGGAGCCAUAUGCCCCGACAGACCUGGAAUGCUGGAUGGUAUCCUCGGUUCGACCUUGUUCGUGUACCCGUGGAUUGCCACUGGAGCGAUUCUGAUUGGAACGGUAGUACUUCUGGAUGGAAAUGGGAGUUAGAUGAUUUCGUCGCUCGUGAACAAAGCUCCUAA